AUGAAAGUGUCAUGCGGUUCAAAGAACUAUAUCCAGCCAUUUGUUGCAUUAGAAAAGUUGGAGUCUUCAAUAAAUAAAGAAACUGCUCAAAAGUCUUGUCAAUUAUUAAGUGCAAUUAAUGACGCUAAAUUUGUUAUACCUCUCAUAAUAAUUGAAAAUAUUUUUUCCUAUACGUUGACGUUGUGUAAACAGUUACAGACAGUUAAUGCUGAUUUAGUCGAAGCAUGUAACCAUGUAGAUAGUGUACUAGGAGUUUUAGACGAAAUGAGAGAAAAUAACAAAAAACAUUUUUCAGAUAUGUUUUCUGUUGCUGCCAUAAUGUUGAACAAAAAUAAAGAAGAAAUUGAUUUGCCUCGUUUUGCUAAUAAACAAACACACCGUAGUAAUGUGCCCACUAAUAGCUCUGAAGAGUAUUACAAACUUAAUAUUUUUUUGCCAUUUCUUGACCAUAUAAGAACACAGCUUUCUGAUAGAUUUCAGAAACACAAAUCUUUAAUAAGUUCAUUACAACAAAUUAUUCCCAGUAAAUGUAUACAUGCCACUAAUGAAGAAAUAAACGACUGUGUACAGUUUUAUUCCCAGAUUUUGACAGAGCCUUCUACUUUCAAAUCUGAAUUUUCAAUAUGGAAAUCAAAGUGGCUUAAAGAAGAGUCACGCCCUAAUACAGCAACUACAGGACUUGACAAUUGUAACAUUCUUUUAUUUCCAAACAUAUGGAAACUUUUACAAGUCUUAGCUACAAUACCUAUGUUAACUGCGACGCCAGAAAGAACGUUUUCAUCUUUAAAAAGAUUGAAAACGUAUCUUAGAAAUUCAACUGGUGAAACUCGCCUCAACGGAUUAGCUUUAAUGUCAGUUCACAGGGAAAUAAAUAUUGAUCCAAAAGAGGUGCAAAAUCAUCAAGGAAAAUGA